CGCGCCAAUUCAACACGUCCCACCCUUUCCUCCUCCCCGACAAGAUGGCGGCCAUUGCUUUGUUUGUGGUUCUCCGCCGUGCAAAGGGUCUGUGAUCCGGGGUCGGAGAGGGCGGGCCUGGCAGUCUGUAGAGCAGCAGAGCGAGGGUCCCGGGAGACGAACACCGCGCAGCACAUCCCCCGGAGGAAGAUCUCACCGAGCCGGGUUACAGGCCUCACUGCCGCCCGGGUUACAGGCCUCCCAGCGCACUCUUAGCUCCUCCCUCAGGCUCUCGGGUGCAUGGCCGGGCGCCGGUGAGAAAGGCCGAGCGGCGGGUCGGAGCCUGUGAGAGAGAUGACAGCGGAGCCCAGGAGUGAAAGCAAGUUGAAUACAUUAAUGCAAAAGCUUCAUGAGUUUCUAGCUCACUCCUCAGAAGAGGACACAACUUCUCCUUCAAGACAAUCUGUGAGCAAAAGUGCAGUUAAAUCAAAAUCCCUUCAUAGACUACAACCAAUGGACAAUAUGGAAGAGGGAAAUAGUUCUGAAAAAUCAAAAGUUGUGGGAUCAUCUCGCUCAAAGAGAAAACCUAGCAUUGUAACAAAAUAUGUUGAAUCUGAUGAAGAACCGGCACAAGAAGAAAUUGCAAAUGCUGAAGCAUCCAAUGAAAACUCUGAUCAUGAAGUUGAUAUGGAAAGUUUACCCUUAGGUACUGUUGUGGUACAGCCAGAGCCUGUUUUAAAUGAAGACAAAGAUGACUUCAAGGGACCAGAGUUUCGGAAUCGCACUAAAGUGAAACCAGAUGUACCUAUAGCUAAAAAACGUACAGAGGAAGGACUUCAUGGGAUUGUCAGCUGCACAGCAUGUGGGCAACAAGUGAAUCAUUUCCAGAAAGAUUCCAUUUACAGGCACCCUGCCCUAAAAGUACUGAUUUGCAAGACCUGCUAUAAAUAUUACAUGAGUGAUGACAUCAAUCGUGAUGCUGAUGGGAUGGAUGAACAGUGCAGAUGGUGUGCUGAAGGCGGGAACUUAAUCUGUUGUGACUACUGCCACAAUGCCUUUUGCAAGAAAUGCAUCCUGCGAAAUCUUGGCAGAAAGGAACUGUCCAAUAUGAUGGAUGAAAAUAGCAAAUGGGAGUGCUAUAUUUGCAAACCUGAACCUUUAUUAGACUCUGUUGCUGCAUGCGAUAGUGUGUUUGAAAACUUAGAGCAGUUAUUACAACAAAAUAAGAAGAAAAUGAAAGUUGAUGACAAGAGCAAAACUUGCGAUCAGACGGAUUCGGAUAAACGGACCUGCAAUGGUCAGGACAAAAAGUUUGAUAGCAAAUAUUCUGGUUCUAUAACAUACGCUUAUAAAGCACUGAUGGUGCCAAAAGAAAUGUUGAAAAAAGCAAAAAAACUAAUUGAGACAACCACAAACUUGAAUAAAAGCUUUGUACGUUUUUUGAAGCAGGAAGCUGAAAAUUCUGAAAAUAGUAGAAAAGUGAAGUUAAGACAACUGAAAGCUUUCAAGUCUGUCUUGGGUGACCUCAAGGAGGCCCACUUGGCUUUAGAAGAAAGCUUGGCGACUGAGAUUCAUUCAGUGAAUAGGCAUAAGACGUCAAAGAAAAGCAAAGAUGCAAGCAGUGAGAAUAAACUAAAAGAGAAAAAGUUGAGUGAUGAAAAGCACAAAGAAAACAAGAAAACGUCUCCUACUGUGUGUGAAAAUGCAAAGGUUGCAAAUUCUGACCAUGCAAAGCACAGAGAAUCUACAGAAAAUGGUGUAGCUUGCAUGGAGGAGGAUUUAGAUCAGAAUAAGGAGAAUCCUGAAACAAUGGAUGAAAGUCCUAAAAGUACAUGUGAUGAAGUGACUGUAAAUGAAACUGGCGCUGCGGAUAUGCAAGCAGAAGAUUCUGAUAUGGAUGCAGAGAAUGAAGAACAAGAAGGCAAUAUAGAAGAAAGUGAGAUCCAUCAAGAAAAUACAGAUGCAGAGGAUGGGGGGAACGUCAGAGAUACAAAGGAUAAACCUCACAAAAAAAGAGAUAAGCAGAAGGACAGCUGUAAAUUGAAGAGAAUAUCCAAAGAAGACAAGGGAGAUACUGUAACAAAGGAACAGCAUUCUAGCCAUAAAUCAGAGAAAGAGACUGUGAAGAAGUCUUCUGAUGUAAAUAGUGAGACUCUUAAAUCCACAAAAUCACGUACUCCUCAGAAAAAGUCCAAGGGUUCUGAUGAUAAAUUUAAGCCCAAUUCCAAUAAAGCCCUUGACUUGGAUAUUGUGUCUGUUCCUUCUUCAGUGCCAGAAGACAUUUUUGAUAUUGUGGACUCCGCAUUGGAAUCGAAAACUAACCAGAAUGAUUCUGAAAAUGUUAGUUCAAAAGCAGGCCUUUCAAAAAACAAGAGUGAUGGAAUAGUGGCAACAACACCUGUUAAGAAGGAAUUGAUAGUAAAGCUAACACCAGUUUCCUUGUCAAAUUCCCCUGUGAAAACAGACCAAACAAACUCUGCAAAGUCCUCAAAGAAGGGAAGUGAUUCAGAAAACGAAAACAAAGGCAAUGUUUCUUCCAAUGAACAUGAUGAGCAGUCAUCUGGAAAUGAGGAAGAAGAAUCCACGCUUAGGAGGUCACCUCGUGUCAAGACCACUCCUAAGCGACGUCCAACUGAUAAAAAGCCCACCACAUCAAAUACAGAAGAAGAGAGUAAUGACACAGACAAAGAAAAACCAAAAUCAAAGCCAAAAAAAGAAAAAACUGUGAAAGCAAAAAGUAGUUCUUCAAAUGAAAGUCCAAAAUCAAAACUACCUAGUAUUAAAUCUGAAAUCAAAAGUGCCUCUGAUUCUGAUGACAUGCCGGAGGUCCUUAAAAAGGCAGCUUUAAUGAGUAACAGUUCUUCUGAACCUGAUAGCAGUACCGAGGCAAAGGCUGAUAAAAAUGCAGCGGCACUUAAAGAAAAAUCUGCAAAGAAGGACUGCAAAAGAAAAAGGAAGAGCUCAAGUUCUGGUUCAGACAUGACAAAAAGGACUACUAGAAAUUCCACUGCUGCAAAAAAGAAACGUGUUAACCAUUCAGACUCUUCAAAUUAUGACUCUGAGCUAGAGAAGGAUAUAAAAAGCUUAAGCAAAAUCGGGUCUGCUAAAAAAGGCAAAAAAAAGAGGGCAAAAGAGGAAGAAAGUGGUGUAUCAUCAGAAGAAAAAGAUGAUAAAAAGUCUAGAAAAGUCAAAAAAUCUCCUAGUCGGCAAAGCAAUGUGGCAAAGAAGAAAGCUUCAUCGUCUUCUGACAUGUCUGAAGAUGAGCAGGAGAACUUAAGCCAUGAUUCCGAAGAUGGAAGUGGGGAUGAGCAAAAGAUUGUGCCACUGGUUGAAAAUGAAAUUAUAUCGGCUGCUGGAUUUUGUCAGUCCUCAGGUGAUGAAGCAGUUACAAAAUCAGGGGCUGUUGCUGCAGAGGAUGAGGACGAUGAUGACGAUGAUCCUGAGAAUAGGAUUGCUAAGAAAAUGCUUCUUGAACAAAUUAAGGCCAACCUUUCCUCUGAUGAAGAAAAUGAUUCUUCUGAUGAUGAACCUGAAACAGACAAAAAGGCAGCAGUGAAAGCAUCUGCUAAAGCGGAAGAUAAUGAGGGUGAUGAGGAUGAGGAUGAAGAUGAAGAUGAGAAUGGAGAAAGCUCAAACUCAGAUAGUGACUCUGAAUCUUCAAAGAAGCCAAGAUACAGGCACCGUUUAUUGCGACACAAGAUUAGCUUUAGUGAUGGAGAGUCUGGAGAUGAAAAGGGGAAAAAAAAGGAAAAAUCUAAAAAUUCCAAAGAUGGUAAAAGAAGAAGUAGAAGAAAAGUGACCAGUGAAGAGUCUGCUUCUGAAGAAAGUCAGUCUGGUGUUAGUGAAUCAGUAACUGAAAGUGAUUCUGAUGACCAGCGCCCUCGAACAAGAUCUGCAAAGAAGGAAGCAGAAGAAAACCGUAGCUACAAGCAGAAACAGAAGAAGAAAAGAAGGCGGAUUAAGGUUCAGGAUUCCUCCAGUGAAAGCAAGAGCAAUUCAGAGGAUGGAGACAAGGAUGACGACGACGACGACUCAGAUUCAAAAUCUCCAGCCAAAGGCAGAAAGAAAAUUAGAAGGAUUCUCAAAGAUGAUAAGCUUCGGACAGAAACUCAGAAUGCCCUGAAAGAAGAAGAAGAGAGAAGAAAAAGAAUUGCAGAAAGAGAGCAGGAACGUCUGAAACUGAGAGAGAUGGUCGUCGUUGAAGAUGCUUCUCCUGUCAAGUGCCCAAUAACAACAAAACUAGUAUUAGAUGAAAAUGAAGAGACAAAGGAGCCUAUGGUUCAAGUUCACCGGAGCAUAGUUACAAAACUUAAACCUCACCAGGUUGACGGUGUCCAGUUCAUGUGGGAUUGCUGCUGUGAAUCUGUGAAGAAAACAAAAAAAGAACAUGGUUCUGGAUGUAUUUUGGCUCACUGCAUGGGUCUUGGGAAGACCUUACAGGUGGUCAGUUUUCUUCAUACUGUACUCCUGAAUGACAAGUUGGAGUUUAGCACAGCUAUCGUGGUGUGUCCCCUAAACACAGUCUUAAACUGGAUUAAUGAAUUUGAGAAAUGGCAAGAAUGCAUGGAGGAUGAAGAUAAGCUAGAGGUCAUUGAGCUUUGCACCAUAAAACGUCCUCAAGAAAGGGGGUACAUGUUGCAGAAGUGGCAUGAUGACGGAGGCGUUUUGAUUAUCGGGUAUGAAAUGUACCGGAACCUUACCCAGGGGAGGAAUGUAAAGAGUAAGAAGCUUAAAGAAAUUUAUCAGAAGACCCUAGUCGAUCCAGGUCCUGACUUUGUUGUGUGUGAUGAAGGGCACAUUCUGAAAAAUGAAGCAUCUGCUAUUUCCAAGGCCAUGAAUUCCAUAAGAACGAGAAGAAGGAUCAUACUUACAGGAACUCCCCUGCAAAACAACCUCAUAGAAUAUCACUGCAUGGUUAACUUUAUCAAGGAAAAUUUGCUUGGUUCGGUUAAAGAAUUCCGAAACCGCUUCAUAAAUCCUAUACAAAAUGGUCAGUGUGCAGACUCUACAAUGGUAGAUGUUCGAGUGAUGAAGAAGCGUGCUCACAUCCUCUAUGAGAUGCUCGCUGGAUGUGUGCAGAGGAGAGAUUACACCUCUCUCACAAAGUUUUUACCACCGAAGUAUGAGUAUGUUUUAUCGAUUAGAUUGACUCCGAUUCAGUGCAAGCUGUACCAGUAUUAUUUGGACCAUUUGACAGGUGUUGGUGCAAAUCCUGAAAGUGGAGUCCGAGGCAAAUCUGGAACAAAGCUUUUCCAAGACUUCCAGGUUUUAAGCAGAAUCUGGACCCAUCCAUGGUGUCUGCAGCUGGAUUAUAUUAGUAAAGAAAAUAAGGGCUAUUUUGACGAAGACAGCAUGGACGAAUUCCUCGCAUCUGAUUCUGAUGAGUCUUCAAUGAGUGUAACCUCUGAAGAAGAAGUGACCAAGAAAAAAGCAAAAGGGAAGGGCAAACAGGACAGCAGCUCUAAUGAUGAGGAAAGUGACGACGAUGUUGAAGUCAUUAAAGUAUGGAAUUCAAGGUCUCGCGGAGGAAAUGGAAAUGAUCCAAAACCAGAUGAUGCUUCAAACAGCGUUCCUGUUAAAGCUGAAGAGAGCAAAACUUUGGCCGCCUCGAAUCCAGGAAGUCCAGCUGCAGCUGCUGGCGCUGACUGGUAUAAAGAAUUUGUAACUGAAGCAGAUGCUCAGAUCUUGGAACACUCUGGGAAGAUAACAAUCUUAUUCGAUGUUCUCCGCAUGGCAGAGGUGUUGGGAGACAAAGUUUUAGUUUUCAGCCAGUCGUUAAUAUCUUUGGAUUUGAUAGAAGAUUUCCUGGAAUUGGCCAGUGCUCCCAGGGAAGAGGAUGAUGACAAACCCAAUUUUUAUAAAGGGGAAGGGAAAUGGUAUAGAAAUAUUGACUAUUACCGUUUAGAUGGUUCCACCUCAGCUCAGACAAGAAAGAAAUGGGCAGAGGAGUUCAAUGAUGCCACCAAUGUGCGAGGUCGUCUGUUCAUCAUUUCUACUAAGGCAGGAUCACUUGGCAUAAAUCUUGUGGCUGCAAAUCGUGUGAUCAUCUUUGAUGCCUCAUGGAACCCAUCAUAUGACAUCCAAAGUAUCUUCAGGGUUUAUCGAUUUGGGCAGAACAAGCCUGUCUUUGUGUACAGGUUUUUGGCACAGGGUACCAUGGAAGAAAAGAUCUAUGAUCGACAAAUUGCCAAGCAGUCAUUGUCAUUUAGAGUUGUUGAUCAGCAACAGAUAGAGCGGCACUUCACAAUGAAUGAAUUGACAGAACUUUACACCUUUGAGCCAGAUCUUUUGGACGACCAAAAUCCUGAAAAGAAGAAGAAGCGAGAGACACCAGUGCUGCCCAAGGAUACUGUGCUUGCUGAAAUGCUGCAAAACAGGAAGGAGCAGAUUGUGACAUACCAUGAACACGACUCUCUUCUGGACCAUAAAGAGGAAGAGGCUCUAUCAGAGGAGGACAGAAAGGCAGCUUGGGCUGAAUAUGAAGCAGAAAAGAAGGGCUUGACCAAUAAUUUAAACAUGGCAGCUGGCGCUGGAAUAAAUUAUGCACAGAUGAAUUUCAACUCACAAUCUCCUUACAUGCCCUUAAACUUGGGAGCAUUAUCUUCACUGACUAAUCAGCAGCUUGAGGAUCUCAUUAAUCAAGGCAGAGAAAAGGUUGUGGAAGCUACAAAUAAUAUAGCAUCGGCCCGCAUUCAUCCAUUGGAUGACAUCAUUGCAACAGUGUGGAAGGAAAAUCCAGCUUUCUCAGAGGCACAGGUUCAGUCUCUGGCACUAAGCAGACAGUCAAGCCAAGAGUUGGAAAUUAAAAGAAGAGAGGCAAUUUAUAAUGAUGUUUUGACCAAGCAGCAGAUGUUAAUCAGCUGUGUACAAAGGAUAUUGAUGAGCAGGCGCUUGCAGCAUCAAUUCAACCAACAGCAACAGCAACAGUUACAGCAGCAGCAGCAACAACAGCAACAACAACAAUUUGCUUUCCAGCAACAAGCUGCAAUGAGCCGCCUAAUGAUGCCGAAGGGCUCAAACAUGAUGCUGAACGCUUCUAACUAUCCGCAAAUGGACAUACGAGGAAUGUUCCAACCAGGGAUGCAGACGCACCCAUUGCAGCGCCCUCCACCCCCAAUGAGAAAAAGUGCAGGCGGUUCCCAAGCGAAAAAAAAUUGAUUUUGCACUAGACUAAUCUUACAUGGACUGUUUUAAUUAAAGCAUCGUUUUUCCAUUUUGUGUAGGAAUUGAUGGCUUAAUAUACCUUUGCUGUAAAAAAAAAAAAGAGAGAAACACAACAGUUUGGUUUUGUUCCCUUUAAAGGCCAAACUGUAUUCUGUAUAAGCUUUGCUGUGUAAUUAUUAGUUUUUGUUAGUUACUUUUCGGUUCGAGAAGAGUCCGCAGGGCUGCACGGAACUUCUUGCUUCAUUAGUGCAGAAGAGACAUGUUUUCAGUGAAAACACGCCUUCCGUAAUCAUACCAGCUACUCCAACUUACAUUAACCCCCUUUUACUUCAAAUUUACAAAGCCACCCUCGAAGAACACUUAUACAUGUCAGAAGAGAUGUUCUUCAGAGGCGGAGCAUAUCACCGAAGGCCACUACCUAGAUCACAAGGGCCUUGACAAUGCCUGUUUAGUGGCAGAUGUUGCAAGAGCAGCAAGAUUAGGUUUGUGGGUUGUUUUUUCUUUAUUUAUUUUUUGUGUGAGAACUUCUUAAUCACCUGAAUCUGUUUACCCACUCUGUUAAAUGCAUGCAGAUCACAAACUACUUGACUUCGCUGCUGCCAGGAUUGAAGCGCAUCACAGUGCAUAGUUACUCUAAGGAGCAUACAAAAAUAUUAAAUAAAAGCCACCAUAUUUGUCCGCUGAGUUCGUAUUGCUUUAGUCUGUGUAGCGUUAAUUACAGAACCAUUAGAUUUCAGAAUUUUUACAUUUUUAAACUUUCUCGAAGACAGCUGGUAAGCUCCUUUCUCGCCCUUGAGAUUCAUGUAAUAGUAUUCUUACGUCAGUCGGCUUUUUAAGGUUUCAUCUGCAUCCCUGUGCCUUUGUAAAUAGUUUAGUUUUUUUGCUUUUUUUUUCCUCACUUUUUUUUUCCAUAUUGUUAUAUUCAAAUAUUAGUUGUUUACAGGAAUAAGCUUUCCUGCAGCCGUAUUUGUCUACCCUUAUGUAGGGCAAAUUGUUAGAAUUUAUUUUCUUUGUAUUUUUUACGCAUUUCAACUUUUACGUCUAUUUGUUCUUUCAUUGAGAAAGAGUGUUCACUUGGGAUUGUGACAGCAAAUGUCUAGGAGGAAUUAUUUUUGUAUGAAGUUUUGAGUCUGUGUGCUAAUGGCAUUCAGACCUCUGCUACUAUUAAACUCUCCAAUGGGCUGCAAAUGUGCAUUCAUCAUUUACUCCAGUGUGUGUCCACUCACUAUAGAAGCAAACUUCCGGAUGGAAAACCUUUUUUUGUUGUUGUUUAAACCUUUUCUAUGCGUUUGAAUAGCAUGCUGAAACAUCCUGUAGGCUGCAGAUGAGGAAUAAUAGGUGAUCUUAACUUUAAGUGGCAGAAGGGGGACGCUAAUUUACACACUUUUCAAUAAGCUAUGUCCCGACUAAUUUACACUUAAUUGUGCUCACAAAUAAUAUCUCAAUAUCAUUAGGUGUAUCAUGCAGCUUAGGCAAGGUGAUACUAUGUUCAGCCCAAUCUAUUGUUUGGUAAAAUUUAGGCUGUUCAGGUUCCAUGAAAAAUACCUUAAUUAAUAUGUGACAAUUAAAGACCGCUUUUAUUCUUUAGAAUGGUGAUCUCGGUGGGUUUAUUCCCAACUGAUAUGCAAAAUGUAGGCCAGAAUAUUUUUGCACCAUCUCUAUUUUGGUGGUUUGCCAGGGGUACAUUAAUUUGGAAUAUGCAGAUAAGAUUAAUCUACAGUAAGGAAUUCGACACUAGCGGGUUGCAUAUGUCAAAGUAUUUUUCACUAUGCCUAAUAUUUAAAAUUAACACUGAAUGUCUUGAAAAUACUUUUACAGGUUGACCCUACAGGGUUAUGAAGCCAUCAUAGUCUUCAAUGCACUUGAAGUGGAAUCAUUCCCCUUCGAAUAUAGCUUUUCCUGCAAUUGUUCCUUUUGAGGUUUGAAAUAUUGAGCAAUACCAAAAAUUUCAUUUAUUUCAAUAAAUAAAUGAAACUUUCGAUCAUUCUACCAACUUUCAUACUACUCUAGAACUAGCACUCAUUUAACUAUUCAAAUGCACUUUUCUGUUAUCUUACCAAAAUUACCAACAUGACAGGUAAUCAUAUAUCAUAUAUAUGAUCACUCACGUAUAAAAUAUCACAAAAAAAGUGAAGAACAAAAUGUUUUCACCAUUCAAUUCCAAACUAGAUUGUAUAUGCCCAAAGUAAGAUGUAAUGCCCACCAUUCUCUGCUUGAGCAAACCAAUUACUGAAGUCACAAUAAAAACCCGGAACUUCCUUUUAGAGUGCUUUCCACCACAGAGUUAUUUAGAUGUCAUAGAUAUUGUGCUAUUUGUCUUUAUGGGACAGCUCACAUUCCUGUUUAAUAUAUUGUUCCCAUCCUUUUCAUGAGAGGCUGCAUCAGUGGUUGAGCACUGUGUAUUGAUUGCAUCUAACAUUGCAAAAUACUAGUUUUAGCUCUUUGGAAAUUCACAGUUGAUCAUGUGCAUGGUAUUUACUUGCGUUGCAGAUGCUUAGUAAGUUGUUUUUUUUGUUUGUUUUUGUUUUUUUGUGGGAGCUAUAGUGAGAGUAUUUACUUUUGCUACUAUGCCAUGACCAGGAAUGAGUCCUCAAAUUAUUAUUUUAGUGAAGGAAACUCCCCCAAAACUAUUUUAUUUAA